GGUUUGGAUGACACUGAGCAGCUGUCAGAAACGUGCAAAAAAUUCCAAAAGGUAAGGCCUUAAAAUAUUUUACUGGUAAAUAUUACACAGACUUUCAAAAGGACAGAGAAUGACUUGGAAAAUCUUUUUUUUUUUUUUUUCUUGGAGAUGGAGUCUCGCUCUGUCACCCAUGCUGGAGUGCAGUGGCGUGAUCUCAGCUCACCGAAACUCACGCCUCCUGGGUUCAAGCAAUUCUCCUACCUCAGCUUCCAGAGUAGCUGGGAUUACAGGUGUGCGCCACCACACCUGGCUAAUUUUUCUUAAACAAACACUGUCUACAUCUGCCCUAUCAGAGCAAGAGAGAAAGACAAAACACUAGGUUAUGACAAGCAAAGUCACCCACCCACUCUUUAAAAAAAAAAAAAAUUCAGGGCCAGGCAUGGUGGUUCACACCUGUAAUACCAGCACUUUGGGAGGUCGAGGAGGGCGGAUCACGAGGUCAGGAGAUCGAGACUAUCCUGGCUAACACGGUGAAACCCUGUCUCUACUAAAAAUAAAAAAAAUAAAAUUAGCCGGGUGUGGUGGCGGGCGCCUGUAGUCCCAGCUACUCAGGAGACUGAGGCAGGAGAAUGAACCUGGGAGGCGGAGCUUACAGUGAGCCAAGAUCGCGUCACUGCACUCCAGCCUGGGCAAAAGUGCAAGACUCCGUCUCAAAAAAAAAAAGAAUACUAAACACAAUUCAGAAGAGCCACCCAGAGGGAGACAACAAUGUCACAACUACUUGUGCCACACACACAGGCUGUGCUCUUGUCUAUUGGUUCUACUUGACAUCAAAGGGAGGCUAGUUGUUUCAUCAAUGAACCACAGCUGCAGGUGGAUUUCCGCACCAGGAUGAAUGAAGACUCAAACAUCACCUUCCAUUUCCAAGUGUUCUUUGGCCGUUGUGUGGUCAUGAAGCGUGAGAAUGGGGCCUGGAAGCCUGAGAUGAAAUCCAAAAAUAUGCCCUUUCAGAAUGGCAAAGAAUUUGACCUGAGCAUCUUGGUGCUGGACAAUAAGUACCAGGUAAUGGUCGAUGGCCAAUGCUUUUAGAGCUUUGACCAUCGAAUCCCGCCUGAGUCUGUGAAGAUGGUGCAAGUGUGGAGAGAUGUCUCCCUGACCAAAGUGAGUGCCUGCAAUUGAGGGUGAUAACCAGACUUCCUGUUGACAAAGGAAUCCGUUUCUGUGUGACCAUGGGAUUCCCAGAGCCAGCUAACAGCAUAAUUCCUCCUGACUUCAACCCUUACUCUUGCUCAUUAAAACUUUGCCAAACUUAAAACAAACAAAAAACACUGGAUUUUAAAAACACACACGCCCAUGCUUCUUCACAAGGGGAAUAUCUUAUCUGUAAAAUAAAGCCAUAUUCCCACUGGAAAGUCGGUGAUCAUUAAGAAUUUCUAGAUUGCUUAAAUAACAGUACCUUGCAUUUAUGAAGUUCUUUAUGUUUCUCAGGCAGAAUAUUGAUAGCUGAUAAAACUGAUGAGAGUCCAUUAUAUUACCCUCUCUUCCUUGAAUGUUUAAAAUUUCUAGUAAUAAUGCAUUAAAAAGAAAAUUCAUCUCGGAUGGGGAUGUAUUUUCCCAGUUGGUUUAUCUAUCAGUGGAUGAGUUGAAUACCUUUUACUAAUAGAAUAAGAUAGUGUUGGACAAUUCUACUCCAGUUUUUAAUUUUAUUAAUAUAACUACUGAGAAAUCUUGCUCACACAGUAAAAAGGAAGAGAGGAGUUUUGUUAGGUUAACACCACUUAAUUCUUUAAUUUCUGGCCGGGCGUGAUGGCUCAUGCCUGUAAUCCCAGCACUUUGGGAGGCUGAGGCAGGCUAAUCACUUGAGGUCAGGAGUUCAACACCAGCCUGGUCAACAUGGUGAAACCCUGUCUCUACUAAAAAUACAAAAAGACUAUCUGGGCAUGGUGGUACACGCCUGUAACCCCAGCUCCUGGGAAGGCUGAGGCAGGAGAACGACUUAAACCGGGGAGACAGAGGUUGCAAUGAGCCGAGAUUGUGCCACUGCACUCCCGCCUGGGUGACAUAGUGAGACUCCAUCUCAAAAAAAAAUUGUUUUCUUUCAAGUUAUAUUGCAAAAUGUUCAGUUAUCUAUAAUCAGUAUUACUUCUAAUGGUCUACCAUCUCAUAAUUCUUUCAAUUUUAUUGAAAGCUAACGAUCGGGAAUCACUUAACUUUUAAAAGGAUUUAUUAUUCAAUCACUAAAAUCAUCCAGUUUCUCUGUUUGUGAGAAGUAAAUAUAAAAGGUUUCCCAGGACUUACCAGCUAACUAUUAAUUACACCUGUUGCUUUUCCACUCUUGGAGAGAAACAGCUCAAUCUGACAUAUUCAGAAAGGUUUGGGGGAUUAGCAGUGAUUUCAGCACAUCUUUGUCAGUGCAAUAUUUUUAUAAAGUGUUCAAUGCAUAUUUGCCAAAGCCUUGGAUUGCAGAUUUAAUUCAUCCAAUUUCUGGAAAAUGCAGUAAAGUCAAGAUUGAAAUUAUAUAGAGCAAAUAGUCUGUUUCUCAUUACCUAAUUUAAAUAAUACAAUAUAAUGUUUAGCUACAUGUAUGAGUUAUUGGUGAGGUCAGCCGUGUGAUAAUGGGAGUUCUAUUUCUUCAGUAAAUAUGUGUAUGAAUAUGUAAAACUCUAGCAUGAGGCUUUUGGGAAUAUUGAAAAGAUUUUUAAAAUUAUAAUUUUGUUUUACAACAUGAUCAAGUGUUUUACAUGUAUUUAAGAAAACAUUAAAGUAUAUGCUGCUGAAAACUAA